CAAGCUGAGGCUCAGGAAAGGGAGUUCAUGCACACAAGUUUCGGCUCCAUCAAUGAACAGUGUCGAUAUCCACAGCAGCAGCAGGAGCCAGACAGGAGAGGAGAAUUGCAGGCAGCAUUCUCAGAGUAUGGAGAGAAGCAGAAGGAUUGCAAAUACCCUGAAGGGGGUUUUCCCAUUUGUACAAGCAGAUCGCUUGGGAGCCGAAGCCAGGACUGGGCUGCGCAUCUUGUGGGGAGCUUUACUUUUUCUGGUCAUGGCAGCAGUUAUCGGGGUCUCAGCUGUGGGCAUACUGAAUCUGAGAGAAAGCAACCGGCAGGUUGUUCAGAUAACAUUACACGAUGUGCAGGGUGCCAUGGUCAGUCAGUCAGUGGUUGUGAACAAGGAGGAGGAUCUGGUAACUUACCACAUAAUGGACAGGAACCACACAACAGUGGUGCUGUUUGACAGUAAGAAUGGUUUAGUUUGUUACCAGCCUGGAGGGAGUAACAUCUGUCUUGUUCGAAAAAUGCUGGCUGCCGACCAGGAGAAUAUUCACACUGUUAUCACUGCCCAGAAGCAGAAGUUCAACCAAUUGUUGCUGCUGAGAAAUGAAACCCAAUUCUCCAGGGAGUAUCUCGGAAUUCUGAGUAGAAACAAAGUGGAUCCGCUGGCUCUGGGACAGCACAUUGACAGUCUCUGCAAUCACAUCCCUGUUUACUGGCUCCAGAAAAGUAACAGGCCUGGGAUGCAACGGCUGAUCUACUUCUGCAUCGAUAUCUGUUUUCCAAACAACGUCUGUGUCUCCGUGUGUUUUUACUAUCUGCCAGAUUAAACACCCCUUGCUGCAUCUUUCCUAUGUUAGUCUUUACGAUGACAGAACAUAGCCAAUUGUUAAAAAACAGAAUUUAAUGUACAAUUCUCAGUCUUUUCUUUAUUUUGACAAUUCCAAUUCCCUUCUUUCCCAGUUCUUAUUCAGCAUUCUAGCAAUUGGUUACUGAACCUCAAUGCAAGGACAUGUAGCAACCUAUGCAGAGAGAGGGAGGAAGGGGAAUGAAGUUAGUUUUGAUGGUCUAGUUGGUCUGUUGAAAAAAAAAAGUCACUGU